AUGGGGCUGGGGUGGAGGGGUGCAGCAGGGACCCUCCGAAAAAGGACAGAGGGGAGCUGGUACCUUUUGGUGACAUUGCUGCUGUUCUGUGGUUUCUGGAAGGCUCACACGCAGACAGACGAUUGGAAGUCUGUCUACUUCUGGGAAACAGGUCCAUGGGGAAGGUGCAUGGGCAGUGACUGUGGCCCGGGUGGCAGCCAAAGCCGGGCAGUGUGGUGUGCCCAUGUGGAAGGCUGGACGACGCUUCACACCAACUGUGACCAGGGCCAGCGUCCGUCCAACCAGAGAAACUGUUUCCGUGUGUGUGACUGGCACAAGGACCUUUAUGACUGGAAACUGGGUGCCUGGAACGAGUGCGUGCCAGUGUCGGCAAGGACCUUUGGGGCCUCGCGGCCGUUCACAUGCAGUGGAGGCGAAGAGGGCAUUCAGACCCGGGAGGUGGGCUGCAUACUGAAGUCAGACGGCUCUCCAGCAGAUGAUGCCAUCUGUGAGUACUUUGAGCCCAAGCCUCGCCUGGAACAGGCAUGUUUGAUCCCUUGCCCCCAGGAUUGUGUGGUUUCCGAGUAUUCACCAUGGACAUCCUGUUCCAAAACGUGCGGAACAGGCCUCAGGAACAGGGUCCGCAGCGUCCUGGUUCCUCCACUUUUUGGAGGCGCCGUCUGCCCCAACCUAACUGAGUUCCAGUCCUGUAAACCAGGGCCUUGCACAGGUCCAGAGGGCAUGUACAGUCUCAGGGUUGGACCGUGGAGCCCUUGCGCUCUCCCGCAGACACGGACAGCACGUCAAGCCAAGCGCAGGAAAGGUAAAGGCCAGGGGCUCAGGGAUCGAGCAGGAGUCAAAGAUCCCGAGACCAGGGAGCUUAUACAGAAGAAACGAACCAGGAACCGCCUUAACCGGCAAGAGAGCCCCUUCUGGGACAUUCAGGUGGGCUACCAGACUCGGGAUGUGACCUGCAUACAUAGGAAUGGGAGCGCUGUGGGACGCAACCUCUGCACACUCAGGGACCUGCCUCUGACCGUCCAGUCCUGCGUCCUCCCCAAGGACUGCCAGGUGACCGACUGGGCCGAGUGGGGCCCUUGCUCCAAAACCUGCGUGGACCCCGAGUCUCCCAGAGGAAAUCGCACUCGGAGCAGACAGGUACUCCAGUUUCCUGUGGGCGAGGGGGCGGAUUGCGCGCCGCUGGAGGAGUCGGAGCCUUGUGAACCUCAGGGGGACGGUGUGCCACCCUGCGCCACUUACACCUGGAGAACCACGGAGUGGAGCGACUGCCGGGUUGACUUGUUGCUAAGCCAACAGGACCGUCGACGUAGCAACCUGACGGGGCUUUGUGGAGGAGGCCUGCAGACCAGAGAAGUUUACUGUGUCCAGGCCAAUGCGGAGCUUCUGAAAUACCUCAACAGCCUCCGAGAAAAAGACAAAGCGGGUCAGACCCAAAGACAGCAGAAGCCUAGUGUUCCCCCUCUCCUCUCCAUCACCUUCCAGAUUACAGCCUCCCGCCCGGUGGAGAACAGGCUGUGCGAGGGGCCGAUCCCAAACAGGUCCCAGCUGUGCCACAUCCCCUGUCCCAUCGACUGUGAGGUGUCGCCUUGGGGUGCCUGGGGGCCCUGCACCUUUGAAAACUGCGAUGAUCAGGCUGGAAAGAAAGGUUUUAAACUGAGGAAGCGGCAAAUCACCAACGAGCCAACGGGAGGGCCUGGAAACUGCCCGCACCUGGUGGAAGCGGUGCCGUGUGACGAGCCCAGUUGUUACGACUGGCAACUGGUCAGCCUGGAUCAGUGUGUUCCUGAAGACGAGAAGCCGUGUGGGCCCGGCAGUCAGCUCGCACAGGUCCAGUGUGUCAACAGCAACGGAGAGGUGGUGGACAGAAACCUCUGCUCGUCCUCCCCGGCUCCGGAGCCCGUGCCAUGUGAGGUGCCUUGCUCAAGAGACUGUGUGCUCAGCGACUGGACCCCGUGGUCCACGUGCUCUCAGACCUGCUCCAGUAAGACCAUCGAGGGGAAGCAGAUGAGGACCCGCUCCAUUCUGGCUUACAACGCCGGGGAAGUCACUGCGAUGGUUGUAGCCUGGAUCACAGUGAUGGAGGGUCUUUCACGGGUGCCGAAGUUUCCAGAACUUUUUGGUGGCGCCCUGUGCCCCAACAGCAGCGCCCUUCAGGAGGUGCGGAACUGUAACGAACACGCCUGCACGGUUUACCACUGGCAGACUGGACCAUGGGGCCCCUGUACUGAAGACCCCUCUUCUUCGUCCCUCAACUCCUCCAGCAGCAACGGUCAGGGCCCCUGCUCCAUGGGAAUGCAGACUCGCAAAGUCAUCUGCGUGCGGGUCAACGUGGGACAGGUGCCUCCUAAGAAGUGUCCAGACGGCCCUCGCCCCAGCACUGUGCGACCGUGUCAGCUGCCCUGCAAGAAGGAUUGUAUCGUGACCCCAUUCAGCGACUGGACACCCUGUCCCGUUACUUGUGACGCAGCUGGCAACGCUGUGAAGAGAAAGCAAUCAAGGAAGCGUCUUAUCAUCCAGCUGCCAUCCAACGGAGGACAGGAGUGUCCAGAGGUGCUGGAGGAGGAGAGGGACUGCGAGGUGCCCAGCGUCUGUCCGGGUUUCAGGUGGAAAACCCACAAAUGGAGGAAGUGCCAGCUGGUCCCGUGGUUUCUCCGACAGGACAAUCCCAGCGCUCAGGAGACCUGUGGACAAGGACUUCAGACAAGAGCUGUGUCCUGUCGCCAGCUGGACGGGACGCAGGCCGACAUCAGCGAGUGUCUGAAAUUCGCCAAGGCCAUGCCUGCCAUCACUCAGCGCUGUCAGCUCCCCUGCCAGGAUGACUGCCAGCUGACCAACUGGUCCAAGUUCUCGUCCUGCACAGCUGACUGCGUGGGGGUCCGCACCAGAAAGAGGGCAUUGAUAGGGAGGAGCAAGAAGAAAGACAAGUGCAAGAACACGCAAAUGUAUCCUCUGAGUGAGACCCAGUACUGUCCCUGCGACAAGUACAACGCCCAGCCGGUGGGGAACUGGUCGGACUGCAUCCUUCCUGAGGGAGGCAGAGAGUGCGGGCAGGGCUACCGCUAUCAGGCCAUGGUGUGUUACGACCAGGACAACAGGCUGGUGGAGACCUCACGCUGCAACAGUCACGGUUAUAUUGAGGAGGCGUGCAUCAUCCCCUGUCCUUCAGACUGUAAACUUAGCGAAUGGUCCAACUGGUCGCGCUGCAGCAAGUCCUGCGGCAGCGGGGUCAAAGUUCGCUCCAAGUGGCUCAGAGAGAAGCCGUACAACGGCGGCCGGCCGUGUCCCAAACUGGACCACAUCAACCAGGCCCAGGUGUAUGAGGUGGUGCCGUGUCAGAGCGACUGCAAUCAGUAUGUGUGGGUGGCUGAGCCGUGGAGUGUGUGGAAAGUCAGCAACGUGGACUUAAAGGAGAACUGCGGCGAAGGCGUCCAGACCAGAAAAGUCAGGUGCAUGCUGAACACCAUAGACGGCCCGUCGGAGCCCGUGGAGGAUUACCUAUGUGACCCGGAGGAGAUGCCCCUGGGGGCCAGGGAGAGCCGUCUGCCCUGCCCCGAGGACUGCGUUCUCAACGACUGGGGGCCCUGGAGCCGCUGCAGCCUGCCCUGUACCAGAACCAACAAUCGACUGCGGACGGCGCUCACCCUCCGGUCGCCCAGUGUAGGGAGGCAGUGUCCGGACACGACUGAUCCGGAGCCGUGCAGCCUGAACCUCAACUGUUUCAACUACUUCUACAACAUCACAGACUGGAGCACAUGUCAGCUCAGUCCUAACGCCGUGUGUGGGAGCGGCAUCAAGACCCGGAUGCUGGACUGUGUUCGCAGCGACGGCAAAUCGGUGGAUAUCAAAUUCUGCGAGGAGCUGAAUCUGGAGAAGAAGUGGCAGAUGAUCAUCUCCUGCGUGGUCGAGUGUCCCGUCAACUGUCAGCUGUCAGACUGGUCGGCCUGGUCAGAGUGUUCACAGACCUGCGGACUGGAGGGUAAGAUGUGGCGGCGGCGGUCGGUGGUCCAGGCGUCUCAGGGCGACGGCCGGCCCUGCCCCUCCCAGAUGGAGCAGUGGAAGCCCUGCCCCGUCCGACCCUGCUACCGCUGGCAGUACAGCCCCUGGUCCGAGUGUCGGGUGGAGAAUGUGGUGUGUGGUCACGGCAUGCGCUACAGAAACCUGUCCUGCCUCGUGUCAGACGGCUCCAGCUACGGCGACGGCAGCCUGGUGGACGAGGAGCUGUGCAGCAGCCUGGAGCUCGCCGUCGACGGAGACAAGCAGAUCAGACUGAAGGAAGCCUGUAACCUUCCCUGUCCAGGUGAAUGUUACCUGAUGGAGUGGUCAGACUGGAGCUCAUGUGUGAGCAUCUGCGUCAAAGGGGCAGGCGUGGACUUUGGCUCGGUUCAGGUUCGCUCGCGAGCUGUGUUGGCCCAGGAGCCUGAAAACCUGCAGCUCUGUCCGGACCAGGCGUGGGAGUCUCAGCCCUGCACAGGGGGCGAAUGUUACGAGUACAAAUGGUUCAGCAGCGCUCGUCCGAACUCCACCCGCCCUUUUAUGUGGUGUCAGCGCUCAGAUGGACUCAAUGUCACCGGAGGUUGUCCUGCCAUGAACCCUCCAGUGGACAACAGCUCCUGUGACCCUCCCUGUCUCAUGCCAAAGUCUUUCUGCAGCGAGGCUGGUAUUUGCAUGUGCGAGGACGGCUUCACAGAGGUGCUGUCGCCCACUGGGCAGCUGGACCAGUGCGCCCCCAUCCCAGUCCUGGAGAUCCCCACGGCGGGGGACAAGAAGGGCGAUGUGAAGACCAGUCGUGCCAUUAACCCCACCCAGCCCAGCACCAUCCAGCCCGGACGCAGCGGACGGACCUGGUACCUGCAGCCCUACGGACCAGAUGGGAAGCUGAAGAUGUGGGUGUAUGGUGUAGCAGCCGGAGCCUUUGUGCUCCUCAUAUUCAUAGUGUCUAUGAUAUACCUAGCUUGCAGCUACUGUGCCAAGGUGCAUCGCUCUCUUAAGGCCCAAGAGUCUGACGCCAAUGGGACGGCAGUCUGGAUGAGCCAAAAUGCACAUGAGAUGAUUUACACCUGUCCCGAUUGCCAAGAGCUGGCUCAAAGCAGCAGCAGCUAA